UUCAUAUCUGAAAAAUCCUAAUGGGUGGUUACUUUGUCAAAAUCUUGUUUGCAUUGUUAGUGUGCUUUUUGCAUACUGAAAUAUCCAUUCUUGGAUUGAACUCUACAUCGGAGAUCUCACGUGUGAAAUGCAUUGAAAGUGAGAGACAAGCCCUCCUCAACUUCAAACGUGGCCUUGUAAAUGACUCUGGCAUGCUCUCUACAUGGAGGGAUGAUGAAAAUAACAGAGAUUGUUGCAAAUGGAAAGGCCUUCAAUGCAAUAAUGAAACAGGUCACGUCUACAUGCUUGAUCUUCAUGGUCACUACCCACAACGUUUGUCAGGUCUAAUCAAUAUUUCUUCAUUGAUUGACUUGCAAAAUAUUGAAUAUUUGAAUCUUAGCAAUAAUGAUUUUGAAGGGAGUUACAUCCCAAAAUUUAUGGGCUCGUUCACCAACUUAAAAUAUCUUGAUCUAUCAUGGUCGAGGUUUGGUGGGAGAAUUCCUUAUGAAUUGGGGAAUCUCUCAAAGUUGGAGUAUCUUGAUCUUAAAUGGAAUUCUCUUGAUGGAGCAAUACCUUCUCAACUAGGGAAGCUUACAAGUUUACAGCAUCUAGAUCUAAGCCUAAAUUCUCUUAGUGGAGAAAUCCCUUCUGAAGUAGGGGUGCUUACAAGCUUACAACAUCUAGAUCUGAGUUGAAAUUCUCUUCUUGGA